GGAUUAUUCGUAUCUCAGCGUCGGCUGACUCGCGCUGCUUGCAGGGCAAAACGACAGACGUUUAAACAACGCUGUUCUUAUUUUCCUUCUUCGUUUAUAGAGGAGUUGUGCGGUUUCCCGCUUUUAUUGGUGUAAAUCUGGUGUGUGUACGACUUGUCAGAUUUGUUUGCCCUCCGAUAGGCAGCUGAGGUCGUCCUGAAUCUCUCCUCGUCCUCCGGUUGAGCUCGAACACAUUCCUGCACAGAUCCCUGUCAACACUCAGAUGAGCGCGCGCCCGCGAUCUGCCUCGGACUCGUCAUCGAGGUGUAUUUCAGCUCGGGAUCGCGCUCGUGGCUGUGAUGCUGGGGAGCAGCUGUCAAACUAUGUAACCUCUGCUGGAUACACCCCGGCUGAAUCGAAAGCUUAGAGGAGGGCCAUGAUUUAGGAGAUGGGUGAGUAUGAGGACAUUCUGCGCAGGCUCGAGGCGGAGGCCCAUCACUUCCCCCCUCCAGCGCGAGCCCCAGGCGGCCGCGAGCGGCUCCACAUCCAGAAGAGCAGUGUGUGCUCCAGGGCCUACUUCGUCGUGGUCAUGGCCUUCUUCCACCUCUAUAUAAUAAACAUCAUCGCGCUGCUGCUCUAUGUGCACUAUAACACAGGCUCUGGGGAGCAGGAUGUACCCCUGGAGAGCAGCGUCAGUGCCCCUGGACCCAUGCCUGAGCAGCAGAGCCCGUCCUCGGCUGAGCGGAGCCCGGGGCUCUCCUUCCAGCUGCCGCGCCUGGAGGGCAUCCGGGUUGGACACGUGCAGAGAGUCUCUCUGGUUCCCGACCGGACUCAUAACAUGCGCACACUCAGCCUGAAACCACUGCUGUUUGAGAUCCCAGGGUUCCUGAGUGUGGAGGAGAGCAGUGUGGUGAUGCAGCUGGCUCAGCUGAAGGGCCUGACACACAGCUCACUCCUCACAGCUCCGGACAGCCAGGACGAGCAGCUCACUCAAGACGAGCUCUUCAGCCUGCUCGACCUCAACCAGGACGGCCUGCUGCAGAGGGAGGAGAUUUUGAGUCUGUCCCAUUCGACUGAUGGAUCUUGGCUGAGCUCAUACAAUUUAUGGAAAAUCCACACGGGGUUUGAGACCAGCCCUUCUGGAGUUUUGUCUCUGCAGGAGUUUAAGCGCGUCAGUGGUGGAGUGUUGCAGUAUGGCAGCGCUGGCCAAGGUUCGGACGGACAUGCCGAGGUCAGGCAGAGAAGCACACACACACGACUUUACCUCGGAGAGGGCACACACCACCUGCUGAAGAGCAUCAGAAACAGAGUGACCCGUUUAACGCGACUGCCGUCCUCAUUGGUCGAUCUCAGCGAGCCAAUGGAAGUGGUCCGUUAUGAGCAGGGCGGCUACAGCCACGCCCACCACGACAGCAGCCUCACCAAUCCCGACAGCAGCUGCGCCCACACACACCUGGCAGCCAAUAACUCCGCCUCCACACAGGUGGCAUGCAGGUACCUGACGGUCUUGCUGCAUCUGAACUCGGCGGAUGGAGGAGGAGAGACCAGCUUCCCCGUGGCUGACAACAGGACCUAUGAGGAGGAGGUCUUAGGUGAUCUCUCUCAGCAGUACUGUGAUAAAGGCAAUCUGAAGGUCAAACCUGUAGCUGGAACCGCUCUGCUGUGGUACAACCACCUCUCAGAUGGAAAUGGUUGGGUUGGAGAGCUGGAUGAAUUCUCUCUGCACGGUGACUGUUUAGUCACUCGGGGCUUCAAAUGGACAGGAAGAGUGUGGGUCAACAUCGACCCUGACCAGCAGCGGCAGGAGCGCUACCAGCGUCUGGUCUCAUGGCAUCCAGACGAGCAAAGCAAAAACCCUGAGCAUGGACACAUGCACCAAGACCUCUGAACCAGACGGGUCUACACCGGACACCACAAAGCGUCUGUUGCAGAUCAUUUUUACAUUGUCUCAGUAUGUCAUAAAUAGAACGAGGC